AUGCCAAAACGUUCCUCCUCAGAUUCUUCUUCUCGUCUUGGAUUUUCCUUUAAUGGAAGAAGAGAGGUUCAAGUAUUGCACCCAAGAGCAGAGGAAUUGCACAAUGAACAGGUUGCAAUUGAAGCUAAAAAACCAUCUUCCAGUAAGGGGUCACUAAAGAAAUCAGGAACCACUGCAACUAUUAUGAUGUAUACCUACUGUGGGAUGUUGCCAAAGCAUAAUGAGAGUAGAGGCUAUGAGUCUGAUCUCUACAAAAGAACUUGCAUGUGCUCUUUUCUUGGUUGUGACUCUGUACAAAACUGGAUGAGGUUGGAUGAUGAGUUGUUCAUUGAUUCUUUGGAAACCUGCAAACCAAAUAAACAACCAAGGGCUGGUGGUGGGUUGGUCGAAGCUGCAGCUUCAGUAGAGAUUGCUCAACUCCUCUCCUUGGAUCUCGGUAUAGCAAGCUUGAGUAGCUACUCUUUCGGGACUUCCUUGUCAGAACUGAUCUUGCAAAUCUAA